CUCCAACCAGAGCAGCUGACUUAGUCUCUGUCAGACACACUCAGGAUGAACAUGUCGAUAUCGGGUCCUCCUCGGAGUCUGGUGGUCUCCUCUUAUGCAGGGGAGUGGGCCUCAGGGAUCUGUGACUGCUGCACGGACAUGAAGGACUGUUGUUUUGCGUUCUGGUGCUGUCCCUGCUUUGCCUGUUGGACCACUAAACGGUUCGGUCAGUGUCUCUGUCUCCCGUUGUUGGACAUCUUUGGUUGCAUCCCUCCUGUCACCAUGUCCAUGAGGGCAUCCAUGAGGCACCGCUACGGCAUCAGCGGCAAUUUAUGUAGAGACUGUGUUUGCUCCACCUUCUGCCUUCCUUGUGUUUGGUGUCAAAUGUCCAGAGAGAUGAAGAACAGGACACUUCCCAUUGUCCUCGGGGACAUCGUCCACCGCUGACUGAACUCACCGACAGAUACUAAUAAUCAAUGCCAAUAAUCUGUCUAUUUAUUUCAAAUGUCUCCUUGUGUCCUGCAUGUUUUAAUGUCUGUUUGCACAAAUUAGUCUAUUAUAAAGUAUGUAUUAAUAGACUUUUUGUAUGUAAAUGUCUCAGUGUCUCACUAUGGAUUUAAUAUGUGUUUUUCUAAAUAAUAUAAAUUCUGUCUUUGCUGUUACUGUAACAAAAAUAAUACUUUCAUACUGUGAAAUCACACAAACCAAUGUUUAAUUUAUUAAUAAAUAUAAUUGCCAUCAUUAUUUAAUCUGAGAUUUAUUCACUGUUGACGCUUAAUAUUGUAUUAUUUUAUUUGUAUUGUAAAAAUAAACCAAGUUUCAUUAUCUUACUACUUUUCAUUAGAUGUAUAGUUGUUAUCUAUGUAUUGACUAUGCUCCAUUUAUGUAUUUUAAUCGCAUAUAAAAUGUCAAUUCAUUCAGAUCAUACAGUUCUGCGUCUGUGUGUCCAUAUGGUCAUAUAUUUCCUGGAUCUGCAAACACAUCAUUCUGUUUAACUUAAAGCUGUUGCUUUUGUUUGUAAAAAAAAAAAAAAAAAAAAAAAAAUGGAAACAAAACUACAAAAUACUUAUUGUAAAUAUAAAGUGGAGUAAACUUCAUUCAAAUCUACAGCGGAAUCUGAUCUAAAGGCAAACAAAACCUUCUCAAAUUUUAGGGUUUAUCAUUUAGAACAUUCGUAGGUUGAU